AAGAAAUUGAUGUGGUCGUAUUCUUUUAUAAAUGAUGUGCGACUCUCUCAUAAAUGUUUGCAGAUAUUAAUCCUAACAAUGAAAGUCAAGAGUUCUUUGCUCUGCUUCUUGCUCUUCAUUGUCGUCUUCUUCUUCUUCCUUGUUGGCUCUUCUUUAGCUCAAUUUUCCAUUAAUGAAAAUGAACAACAAAUUGGAAGAUCUCAAUUCCCUCAAGGCUUUUUGUUUGGAACCAGCACUUCUUCAUAUCAGGUUGAAGGAGCAUAUCUUGAAGAUGGCAAGGGUCUCAGCAACUGGGAUGUUUUCAGUCACAUUCCAGGAAACAUUUUACAUAACGAUAAUGGAGAUGUUGCGGAUGAUCAUUACCAUCGCUACUUGGAAGAUAUUGAAAUUAUGCAUUCUCUUGGGGUUAAUGCAUAUCGAUUCUCAAUUUCUUGGGAAAGAAUUCUGCCUCGAGGGAGAUUUGGCAAUGUUAAUCCAAAAGGAAUAGAGUUUUAUAACAAAAUCAUAGACAACCUUUUGCUCAGAGGAAUUGAGCCAUUUGUGACAAUUUACCACCAUGAAAUGCCGCAAAUACUUGAGGACAGAUAUGGGGGUUGGCUAAGUCAUUUAAUACAAGAAGAUUUUCUACAUUAUGCUGCUGUAUGUUUCAAAGAAUUUGGAGAUAGAGUGAAGUACUGGACUACUCUCAACGAGGCUAACCAUAUAGCAGAUUUUUCCUACUUAAUUGGACAGCUACCACCGAUGCACUGUUCGCCGCCUUUUGGAAAUUGUUCUGUUGGGAAUUCUGAUGUUGAGCCUCUUAUUGCGUUGCACAACAUGUUAAUGUCACAUGCUAAGGCUGCUAAUUUAUAUCACAAACACUUUCAGGCAAAACAAGGUGGGGUUGUUGGAAUUGUGGUACAUGCAUUUAUGUAUGAACCAUUUAGAGAUGAUGAAGAAGUGGAUCGUGAAGCUGUUAAGAGAGCCUUGGCUUUCAAUGUGGCAUGGAUGUUAGAUCCUCUAGUAUAUGGAGAAUACCCAGCUGAAAUGCGUCGCUACCUUGGGUUGGACUUGCCAAGGUUUUCUGAUGAAGAGAAAGAGCUUAUUAGAGGCAGUUUGGACUUCAUUGGAUUAAACCACUAUUCAACACUAUAUGCCAAAGACUGCAUUUUCUCUUCCUGCUCUGCUGGUGGUGACCGCCCAAUUCGAGGCUUCCUCAGUACCUUCACAGAACGAGAUGGUAUUCCAAUUGGUGAACCGACUGGAAUGAAAACGUUCUUUGUAGUUCCAAGAGGCAUGAAGAAGAUCGUAAAUUAUCUCAAGGAACGAUAUAAUAACAUGCCUAUCUUUGUUACUGAAAAUGGAUAUUCUCCAAAAGGAGAAGAGAAUGAACCGGUAGAAGAUAUGCUACAAGAUGUGAAUCGCAUCAAAUUUCAUAAAGCUUACCUUGCUGCUUUAGCAAGUGCAAUAAGGGAAGGGGCAGAUGUGCGUGGAUACUUCAUAUGGUCGUUAAUGGAUAAUUUUGAAUGGACACAUGGGUAUAGCGUCAAAUUUGGGCUCUACUAUAUUGAUCGAAUUUCCAAUUCCCUUCAAAGAACUCCAAAGCUCUCUGCAACCUGGUUUACUUCUUUCCUCACCAACACCGCCCUUUUCAACCGUACAACUCAAGUCUCUGUACCACCCCACAAUCCAAAUGUAAUACAUAACAGGUUGAAAUCUGUAAAAACAGCAAAUAUGUAAUAAUAAUAAUAAUAAUAAUAAUUCUCUAAUUUAUAA